AUGCUUGCCAACACUGAAACAAUUGCUCCGAAAUAUCUGAGGUAUCGGAAUACACGGCGUGCCACAACCCACGAAUGCCAAACUAAUUCCUCAGAAUCUCUGCCGGCCCAGAAAAACGAUGGCUACAAAACCCAAAAUAUCGCUCGCUAUAGACGGACAAGGGGCUCGUCCGAAAACGCCGAAUCGCAGUAUGCCCCGCCUAUAUCACCCGAAGCUCGAGUUCCGGGAGAAAAGUCGCAUGCGAUGCCCGAACCACAAAUGUAUGCCUUGAAACCAGCGCCAGUUAUGUUUGAAAGUAAUGAAGCAAAGAGACCGUGGGAGAUAAAACAGCACAAACAUAAUACGACAGCAUCUCAAUCAACUCGCUCAGAGUCGACAAUAAAGAGCAAAGAAGACGUGCCGACACCACCUCAACUAGAUCCCCAAAAGAUAGCCGAUCAACUCGCCUUACAAAAGCUGAAAGAUCUUAUGCGAUUGCAGGCAGAGCUAGAUGCAGCACCACCUACCCCAAAUUUUCCCCUUUCACCCAGUCCGAAGAAAGAAAAGUUGAUAGGAUUAUUUUCACGGAGAAAAUACUCAAAAACUUCGCCUCCCUGUACUCCCUACACACCAACUUCCUCCAUGACCAAGACAAGCCCAGAGAGUCAGAGAAGCCAAGGAUUAGAUUCGGUCAAUAGUACACCCCAAGUUGACGCCCCAUUAUCUGCUGUCAAUGCCAAAGAGAGACGUGUUCUUAUUCGCUUUAAAGAAUCAUCUAUUAAUUUACCAGUGACUGUUGACACGAAGCCGGCCGACAUCAUCCAAGCAGCUGCCAACAUGAUGAGCCAGAAAGUGACGCUGUCUUGUGCUGUUUUACUCGAAUCUUAUUCUAAUCUCGGGCUAGGACGCCGCAUACGGAGGUAUGAAUGCAUCAGAGAUGUCAUGAAUUCAUGGGACCGCGAUACACAAAAUGCUCUUCUUCUAGAACAUACUACCUCUGAUAACUAUGAUAAAGAACUUGACACGAAUCUUACACGGGUCGAGGCACCACCGGAAAUAACAUUUCACCUUUAUCACUCCCAGAAGGCGGGGAAAUGGAACAAACGAUAUGUCACUCUCCUACCUUCUGGGCAGAUUUUCAUCGCAAAAAAACUUGGUGCCAAAUCAACGGACAAAGAUUACGCAAAUAUUUGUCACCUAUCAGAUUUUGAUAUUUACACAGUCAGCUCUCCACAUAAUUGGGCCUCGCUGAGUCCGCCCAAGAAAAUAUGUUACGCUAUCAAGAGUCAACAAAAGACGACUGUUUUUCUCAGUGGUGAGAAUUUUGUGCACUACUUUAGCACGGAAGAUGAUACCACAGGAGAGAAAUUUCACUCGGCUGUACAGAAAUGGCGUAGUUGGUUUAUAAUAAACCGAAAAGGCGACGGUUAUCAGGGUUUUAAAGAUAUCAAAGCUAUGGCAACAAAAUCUGCCAGCUAUGGCAUGAAUUCGGCAAAGGCUUCAGCUGAGGAAAGUUCUCCGGGCGUUAGUUCUUUCCAGCCCCUUCUGCAAAUGAACAACAGUGAUGUUAGGGAUGUCGAAGAUGAGUACCACUCUAGACAUGAAGAUUCUGAUGAUCGGCCACUUCAAACUUCCUUACACCAACGUAACCCACGUAGACACCCACCAUUAUCAUACAAAGCACCAGGACCAACUGAUACAGACGGUGAAUUUCUAUCGUCGAGUUUAUUGGGUCGCACCUACUCUGAGAGAAAGCGCGAACAGGAAGCUUCGGCAAGCAUUAGUAGUAAUGCUGGUCUCAAGCGUGCUGGUAGCUGUCCAACGAACAUUGACGGGCCAAUAGAACCAAGUUACAAGGGGCCAAACCAGCGCAGUCUACUUGAUUUCACACCAAUAUUCAAAGGACCACCACAGUGGGAUCGUCGUGGAAAAGGUCAGGUGAUUCGACCUAUUGAUGGUGGGCCCCUAAUCGAAGCUGCCACAUCACCAGUUCUACCUGGUGAUGAUAUUCCACGAUUUAAUAGUAUGCUCCGUCGUGAAGAUGCGAAAUCUAUUCGCGAAAAAUGCCGAACGACUCCAGCUUCAGAGGGCCCGUUUGUGAAAGGUGGGCUCAUCAGUGGUGGCGACGGAGGCGCAGCCAGGAGAGCUGCGAGUCUAAAAAACCGAAACUAUAAUUAG